UAUAAAAGCUGACGAGGAAGUAGAGAGACUGUCAGGAGUCGGAGCUGAUGGUGUCGACAGACUAGCAACCACACCAGCAACUACAAGCACAGACAUGAAGACAGACCUGGUCAUCAUCUUGUCUCUGUCUUUUCUCAUUUCUAUGCAGGAUAUUAUUAGUGGUAACCAGUCAUGUUCAAAGCUUGAAUUUGUGCAAGUGCCUGAAAAAAUCGUAGGUUUUGAAGGCAGUCCUGUCAACCUCACCUUUUACUUGGACAGCAGACAGUGUGCUAAUCAGACUGGCUACACCAUCAUCAUCGCCAGAGAUGACAAUACACACAUCUGUACAUUCCGUAUGUUCAACAAAUGCGAGGUUUCAAUAACCUCAGUUGGGUGUUUCUGUCUCUCCCACUUCGGUCCGAUGCUGUUCACGACCAAUGUGGCCAACAAGACUUACAUCUGGAAAGGGAGCUACACUAAUCCGUUUGAGGAAAGAAGAGUCACCCUCAGAAUUGACAGUGGCAGCGCUAAAGCGUCUCACGUGAAAGGCAAUGACAAUGACAAUGACAGUGACAAUGACAAUGACAAUGACACCGAGUCCAAGAACGACAACUCGAUGGUCGUAGUCAUCAGCACGUCGACUGCUGUGUGUCUGGUGGUCAUCGCAGCUGUCAUCAUAACGGCCAUCGCAUGCCGCAGGAGAGUCAGAAGAGGGUUUGAUGAAACACGCCUCAGACACGGACACCACAAGGCUCGGAUGGUCUCAUACACCACAGACACCCCACUACCAACCAAAACCCUCGGCGACCCGGCAACAGACAUUUAUGAUGAAAUUGGAGCUGUACCAAAGCGAUGUAGAGUCAGCCUCAAGAAUGGAGUGAGCCUGCCCCCCAUCCCUGACUUCAACUUGUACGUUGAGACACCCUGCUCCAGCCUGGACACCGACCAUGAGGAGACCCCAGUCGAGUACCUGAUUCCGAUGGUAGUGUCUGACACACGAACCCAGGAAACUGCUGAGUACCGACUGGUGACCUGUGCUCAGUCACUGACCACGUGUCGCCCGCUCAGUAGCUGCCUGUAGAGCAGCCGCUCUACCACCGCCAUUUUUUUCUGGAAACAAAAUCUAACAUAAUACUCUGCUCUUUUUUUUUUUUUUUUUUUUUUUUUUUUUUUUGUUUUACUUGUUCGUAGAUAUUUUUCUAUUGUUUUUGGUGCCCAGUUCCGGCAGUAGACACUAUGACCGGUCCCGAGUUCCGAGUCAUGAGCUGUACUCAGUCACUGACCACGUGGCGCCCGCUCAGUAGCUCUCUGUAGAGCAGCUGCCAUUUUUUCUGGAAACAAAAUCUAUCGUAAUAUUCUGCUUUUUUCGUUUUACUUGUUUGUAGAUAUUUUGUUAUUGUUUUUUAUGCCCAGUUCCGGCAGUAGACACUAUGGCCGAUCCCGAGUCAUGAGCUGUACUCAGCCACUGACCACGUGGCGACCAAAUAACAGCUUCAUGUAGAGCGGCCGCUCUGCCGUCCUUUGUUUUUCUGGGAACAAAAUCUAACACAAUACUAUGUUUGUUUGGGUUUUGUUGUUGUUGUUGUUGUUGUUGUUGUUGUUGUUGUUGUUGUUUAUCUGGGUUUUUUUCUUUCAAGUAUUUGUUUAAAAAAGUUUUUGUUCCUCUUAGUGUACACUACAUGGCCAAUUCUGGAUCGGUAGUGAACACGACCGCCACGCCAUCUGUCGGCCAAGCCCGCUGUGGUGAAUAUAAGAGAUGAAGAACGCGAAAUCGAACACUGGAACUGUUUUAUCAAAAGUUCCUAAUGGUGACGAAAGAUAUUUGUAAAGGAUCGUGAUCAGCUUUUGAAAGACCAUUGUAGCGAUGAUACCUGAGAAAUAGAAAUACUUAUUGUACAGGUGACGUAUGCAAGUCUAUUUAUAGCUUCAUUCAAGCACAGUUCAAGAUGCUGUUUCUCUAUAUCUGUCUCCCCUUCCUCUUCUUAUGUUCUUGAGAUACAAGAUGACAGACAUCACCAUGCCCAGAAGUGUCUGUACACUAAUCCGCCUACUCAACACUGACGGAAGUCCUGACAACCUGAGAUAAGCCAUGUACAAUCCUGACCUCUGGGUUGUUGAUCCCUGGAAGUGUGUAGGUGGACUGCUGUUUGCCGAGACCAACUUAGCCUCUCGGGAAAUUUUUCACUGUUAUUCUUGGCGACCCUUAACAAUGAAUGUGACUAAACCGGAAGCUUUGUACAAAACUGCCUCUUUUUAGUAGUUAACUGGAAAACAUCGUCUGUCUCGCACCGUCCACCACUUUCCCAUGUUUAAAUUACCUACUGGCACCAAAAAAGUUGAUCAUUGUCAUUGUCGUUGUCGUUGUCAUUGUCAUUGUCAUUGUCAUCGCCAGCAGUCCAGUAAUACAAGUUUGUGGUUGAUCUCUCUCUGUUUGUGUCGCGGACCUUAUUGUGACGAAUUCGAGUCCUUCCUUGUCCUUUUUUGAAGGGAUUAAAAUACGUACAUGACUACAUGAACUGAGAGACAGAAGUGUGCGUGUGUGAGAGAGAGAGAUAGAGAGAGGGGGUUAGACGCACACUUCAUGUUAGAGUGACACCUGGUGAUGUACGUAUGUUUGUAUCUCGAAACUUUUGAGAAAUGGUAUUCGACAUUUGUGCACGGUUUUGUUUUGUUUUUAAUCACCAAUGAUAACACAUUUCUCUACAUUUGCUUUAACUUAAAAUUUUGUCGCAAAGUCAUAGCAUAUUAUUUUACUAAUACACAGGAUUUCCUUAACUCAGACUACACUGAUGCAGAUGAUAGGAAGUGAGAGUAAACCAUUUCCUUGGGGAAACAUGGAGAACUCGAGUAAAGGCGUGUUGUUGUCAUAGUUACAAUGCGAUGCAAAGACACUCCCCUCCCGAGAACACUGCCAGGAUAUCUUUGCCACCUAGGGGUAAAAUACCACCAGAGGAGUCUAGGCACCACAUUAUAACAUCGGAAACAAGACGUUUGUUCUCGAGUUCCUUAUAUUGCCCUAUUGUAUAUACCUACACUCCGGCCCCAAGAGGCUUCGGGUGCUCUGCUACUUUGCUUUGUAUUGUAUUGUGAAGCUUUGCUGAUCAAAUGCAAAUAUAUUACAAAAGUAGGGUUACUGUACAUCAAAAUAAAUGGAAAUGAAUAAUUUUGCAUAACCCUAUUAAAUGGAAAAAGCCAAAGGAAGUGAAGAUAUUGAAAUAUCUUUAAUUUAAUUAUGAAUCAUAAUUGUUAGCAGGAUCUGCACAAUGCCUAUAAUCAAUAUCACACAGGAACUUUUUUGCCUGACAUUGCAUUUUUAGUCUAAAAAUCCUAAUGUACAAAUAAUUCUCUUAAAAUGCCACAAUUUUAUUAAAUUCUAUUUACAUUUA